AAAAAUUAGAUUCAGUGCUGAAGCGAGUGAACAAAUUAGGGAUGUCAGCAGACAAAAUCCUACAUGCAUUUCAAGAACACGUGAGAGUGGCGGUGAAAGAGAAGUUGAGAAGCGUGGGAAUGGGUGGAAUGGAGAAAGUGUUCAAGAAGGUUUUUAGUGUUGGAGAAGUAGAAAGAUUGAUUAAGGAUAGUUGUUGUGAAUGUUAUUUAUCAACUACAGCUGGUCCCAUUGCAGGCCUUCUCUUCAUCUCCACCCAGAAGCUUGCUUUUUGCAGUCAUACCUCCAUAUCUUUCUGUUCUCCUAAAGGAGAUUCUCUUACACUCCAAUAUUACAAGGUGUUGAUUCCAUUAAGAAAGAUAAAGAGAGUGAAUGUGAGUAAGAAUGUGGAAAAGCCAUCACAUAAGUAUAUUGAGAUCGUCACAGUGGAUGAUUUUGACUUCUGGUUUAUGGGUUUCUUAGACUAUCAAAAAGCCUUCAAGCGGCUUCACCAUGCAAUUUCUCAAUUAUCAUAAUUAAUUAAUACCAGAACUUGUAAUUAGGGAAGGAUCAAUUUUAAAUAAUGCUCAACAUCAUUAUCUGUAAAUUCUCUCAUGAUAUACAAUGUUCUAGAUUGAACUAAACAUGAUUAUGUAGAUUUUAAAUCAAACCGAUCACAAUUUUUGCUGUAAUUUUAGAGAGAGAAUUUAGAGAGAGAGAGAGCAAGAAAACAGAGUGUGCGUAUGCGUGCUCCUCUGCUUUCUGGUUUCUCUUAAACUCCAAGAAUUUUGAGAGGAAAGAACUUUUUUUUAUUGAUUGAUUUUAAGUGGUAUUUAUACACAAAAUUAAAUUAAAGUUCUACUCAAAAAUAUAAUUCGAAUUCUAACCAAAAACAAACUUUAAACACAAAAUUUAAAGUAAUCCUAAACCGCAUGCAUGUCGUUGUUCUAUAUGCAUUCUGCCACCUCUCUAUUCGGAGCUUUAUUUCAAAUAGAUUUCUAUUUCAAAUGAAAUCCUUACGUCGAACACUCCUCCUUAAGGAUUUAAUUUAUUCCCAAUAUUUUCCUUAGUUCUUAAAAUUUACCUUUCAGCAAAGACUUGGUAAAGAUGUCUGUUACUUGAUCUUCUGUUGCACAGUAUACUAGGCUUACUUCUUUCUCCUUUUCUGCUUCCCUUAUAGCAUAGAACUUAACCUUUAUAUGCUUAGUCUUUCCAUGCAACACCGGAUUCUUAGCAAUGACUAUUGUUGAUUUAUUGUCGAUGUAGAGGACUGUAGGUUCAGUGGAAAGCAUCUGUAAAUCAUCUAGUAUUUUUCUUAACCAUUGAGCUUGAUUUACAGCUCCUGCUGCUGCUAUGUAUUCAGCUUCGGCGAAUGACUAUGCAACAAUUUCUUACUUCUUUGAUGACCAUGAAAACACACAGGAACCAAGUGAAAAAAUAUACCCCGAUGUACUUUUAGCAUCCUCCACACUUCCUGCCCAAUUACUGUCCCUGUAUCCUAAAAGUUCUCCUUCUGUGUAAGCUUGAAAAUGGAUUCCUAGAUCAGUGGUUCCUCUUACAUAUCUUAAGAUAUGCUUAACUACUGCCAUGUGUGAUUGUCUUGGUGAAUUCAUAAACCGAGAUAACAAGCUGGUUGCAUAAGUAAGAUCUGGUCGAGUGGCAGUUAGGUAGAGUAAGCUGCCAAUUAUACUCUUAAACUCUUUCUCAUUCACCAUUUCUAUUUCUUCAGCUUUUGACAGUUUAAUAUGUGGUAUGAGAGGGAUAGAAACAGCUUUGUAAUUUUUAAGCUUGAAUUUUUUAAGUAAUUCCCUCGCAUACUUUUUUUGUGAUAUAAAGAUCCUUUUCUUAGAUUGAAUGAUCUCCAUUCCUAGAAAAUAGGUCGCUCUCCCAAGAUUUAACAUAUCAAAUUCCUGCUCUAAUUGUGUUUUGAGUUCCUCUAUUCUUUGUUCAUCAUUUCUAGUGAUGAGAAUAUCAUCAACAUACAGUUAUGAUGACAAUUUUUCCAUCCUUUAAGUGUUUGACAUAUAGGGUUGCUUCGUUCUUACUUCUUUUAAACCCACAGUGGAGCAAGUAUGCAUCAAUUUUGCCAUACCAUGCUCUGGGAGCUUGCUUCAAACCAUACAGUGCUUUGUGUAAUUUAUACACAUGAUCAACCUUCUUUUCUACUUCAAAUCCUAUCGGUUGCUGGACAAAUAUGUUCUCUUUCAAUUCACCAUUUUAAAAAGCAAAUUUUACAUCAAGGUAGAAGAUAUGCCAACCUCUUUAUGCUGCCACAGCAAGCAGAAACCUUAUCGUUUCAUGUCCUGCUAUUGGGGUAAAUGUCUCCCCAAAAUCCACUCUCGGCAAUUGAGCAUAACCUUUCAUUACUAGGCGUGCUUUGUACUUAUUGAUUGAGCCGUCUGGGUUCAUUUUGAGCUGGAAGACCCAUUUAACUCUGAUUGCAUUUUUACUUUUUAGUUUGGGAACUAGAGACCAAGUGGCAUUUUUCUUAAUCAUGUUCAAUUCUUCUUCCAUUGCUUUUCUCCAAAUCUCAUGUUGAGUAGCUUCUUCAAAAGUUGUUGGCUCUGCAACGAAAAUGUUGCAUUGAGCAUAGAUGUCAGAUAAGCUUCUUGUCCUUUUAUUUGGUGAUUUUUGUGACUCUUGAUUACUCAUUUCUUCAUUUUCUUCUUGAGCUUGCUUUGAAGUACAACUUAUAUCAUCAAAGAUUAUCUUUUUAACUUUCCAAUCCCAGUGAGAUGUUUCAUCAAUUACCAUAUCCCUUCUUAUCAUAACCUUUUUGGUCUUAGGAUUGAAGAGCCUGUAUCCUUUUGUUUUUAUACUAUAACCCAAAAAGAUACAAAUUUCUACUUUGUCAUCUAGCUUCUUCCUUUUCUCUUCUGCUACAUAACAGUAGCAGAUGAAACCAAACACCCGUAGAUGCCUUGUAGCAGGCUUCCUUUCACUUCAGCAUUCAUAUGAGGUCUUUCCCUCAACAGCCCGAGAGGGAAGUCAGUUCAACAGGUAUACAGAGGUGUUCAUGGCUUCACACCAAAAUUGCAGAGGCAGCAUUUUAUCCUUGAAUAAGCUUUUUGCCAUAUCAACCACAGUUCUGUUCUUUCUUUCUGAUACUCCAUUUUGUUGUGGAGAGUAGGGGCUGUAAGCUGUCGUUUUAUGCCUUCUUUAAUACAGAAAUCCUUGAACUCUGUUAAAGUGAACUCCAGACCAUUAUCUGAUCUCAAACACUUCAGCUUCAUUCCACUUUCUACUUCUGUUUCAACUUUGAACUCCUUGAAUUUUUACAGAGCUUUAUUCUUUGUUUUUAGGAAAUAGAUCUAUGUCAUUCUGGAGUGAUCAUCAAUAAACAAGAUGAAAUACCUAUUGCUGCUUGGUGACUCUGUGCUCAUAGGACCAUAGAUGUCUGUGUGGAUCAAUUCAAGCUUGGUACUUGCUCUCCAGGAAGACUUUGAAGGGAAUAGUUGUUUGUGCAUCUUCCCAAGUUAGUAGAUUUGGCAGAUCCAGUUUUUCUCCUAUGAUUUCAAGGAGAUAUGGACUCAAUUUUAAUGAGUUCAUCUCCUUGAGGGCUUCAAGAUGCACAUGUCCAAAUCUUCGAUGCCAUAUAAUGGUAUCGUUUUGAGCAGCGCACCUUAGUUUUUCUUCACUCCUUGCAACUUCAAAGUGAAGCUUCUGUUGAUCAUUGGAAUGUUUGCAAUUUCAUACCCAUGUGAGUCUUUUAUGGAACAUGAAUUUUCCUUGAAGACCACGGUGUAUCCCCUUCUAAUUAUUUGGCUUACACUUAACAGAUUUUACCUCAGGUCAGACAUAUACAGGAUGUCAGGUAUGAUCCUUUUUCUUUGGUUUGUGGUUACUGCGAUGUUUCCUUUUCCUUCUGCUCUUAAUUCAUUUCCAUCACCUAGAGUUAUGUUGAGUUUUG